UUAUUAUAUAUAUAUAUAUAUGCAGAUGUACAAUGAAAUACUGGAAUAAAUGUUAAUAUUUAGCGUUGUUGAGUCACAUAGAUUUUGACAUGGAAAGGGAUGAACCACACGUGCGCAGAUACUUAUGUGCUCUUUGUGAAUGUGAUCAUGAUAAUGAAUUAGAGCCUAAUUGUUGUUGUCCCGAUGAUGAAAGACUCUUGGAACAAGUUUCAGAACAUCGCUUGAGGAGAAGAAUCAACUUGAAUAAAGAUCAGAAACUUUGUUCCACACAUUAUAAACAAUUAAGAAAUGGUCUUCUAUUCGGUGGAGCAAAUUUUCAGGAAUGCUGUGCUCCAUUCCAUGUGACAUCUCGAAAACGGAGAAAAUUAACAAAAUCGGUUCCACGUAGCUGGAAUUCUUACUUUGGAACUGAUUCACAUAAUAAAGGGUAUCAAUCACCCCAGAGAAUUUGUUGGGAAUGUUAUUUAGUUUCUUUGGAAAUUAUGAAUUCAGAUGAAAGCUCAUUUGAUGGUGAUAACAGUAAUGAAUAUUACCGUUCGUUUCAUAAAGGAUUUCGUUCUGCCAGUUUAUUAACACUUUGUGGGCGCAACCACGCAGACAACAGUUUGUUCGGGAGCUCGUCAUCCUUGGCGCUAUCUUGUUCAAGCACUCCACAAACUUGGCAUGGAGAAGGGGUUGCUCAAAAACAUCGUUCUGAUUGGAAUAGAGAUUCCACACAAGCCUACUCCACAGGUGCAAUAAAGUCAAAAUUAGAUUUCCACGAAGAAUCAGUAGAAGACAUUGAGCCAGACCAGUUUGACCAAAGUAUACCCAGCCUCUCCUCUGACGAGAAUCAAAUCCAAGAAACACUUCAAUUACAACCUAAAAAAGAAGUAGAAAAGUUGGACAUUUCGUUUGAACAUGUGACCAAAAAAUCGCAUGUAAAAGAAGAAGAAAAAGUAGCUGAAAUGAUACCUGAUGAAAACUUGGCGACGAGUAAUUUCAAACAAUCCGAUAUGGAAUUAGAAAGAAUUAAGGAGGGCGAUUUCAGAGCAGAUAAUGUUUAUCCAGAUUCUCGAGAUGGCUGUUCAAUAGUAACGGAGACAAUUGGAAAGGCUAUUUCCGUGCCCUAUCGCAACAAUACCAAGCUAGAAGGUGUGAAAAUCGAUGUGCAAUCUGAAAACGGGCCUGAUAUAGAUAAGGUUGAGGAACCUGAAGCACAAAUGGUGAAAAAUUGUAACGAUGAAAGGAUUAUCCCUGAAGUUUUUGAUCCAAUUCGUGGUCCUGUAUUGCCAGAGAAAGGGCAACAGGAAGACGUCAUCCCGAAAGAUGACUGCGAAGAAACCCCUCAAAACAUUGUUAAUGAAAUUGUAGAUUUUCACAAAAAAUAUGAUCCCAAUAUCAAUCCAAAACACGCAGAUAUUGCCCAAGAAAGCCACGAGUGUCAGAGCCAAGUGAAAUGUCAAGGUGCCGACAACAUUUCCGAGAAGUAUGCAAUGGAAGUUGGAGAUUAUCCUAUUGCCAAAGACGAUAAACCAAUUACAAAUAUACCAGGUUUUCAAAAUGAGGAAUUUACUGAAGCGACAAAUCCAACAGACAUGUUUGAAGGAUUACGCAGUGGUAAAACUUCCAAAGAUGAUCUCUACACAGAAUUACAUGGAUCAAAAGCCGACAUUAAUGAAAGCGGUAGUUCGACACCGACUACUGAAACCGAUACCGACGUAGCAGAACUUACAGAUUCACCAACGCCGUUUAUGAAAUCGGUAUAUGAUUACGACGAAGAACGUGAUAAAGUUUCAGAUAUACUGCACAGUGGUCUUCCUAUAUAUUCGAACGACACUGUCAGCCUCAGAAGGCGAAGAAUGAAAAAUCGAUCUCAAUCGUUAAUAACAGAAGCCGAGGCAGUAGAGGCAGAAAAAGAUGAGAACGUUCCACAACGAAUGUCCUUUCAAACAGUCGCUUCGGUUGUCAAUCGCAGGACAGUAUGGAGGCAAAAGCGAAGAAAAUUUGGUAUGACUUUUAAUAAAGAUGAUCAACCAAUCAUCAAGGAAGAAGGAAAUCAGCAAGAUCAAGAUCAAAAUCAAUCAAAGCAGAAUCAGAAUGAUGACAGCGAAAGCGAAGAUGUUUCCGAAGUAAUGGCAGCCAUAUUUCGAAAUAUUAUCCAAGUUAUUUCUUUGGAUUAUAACCCAAGCUCAACAAACGAGACAAUCGUCAAGUUCUGUAUAUUUGCACUGCCGCUAAUCAUAAUACCAGCCGUGCUUGCUUACAUCAUCAUCCUUACGUGAAAUAGUUGUACUUUUUAUAUAUAUGUGAAAUAGUUUGAAUAUAUAUAUAUAU